AUGUCGUACAGUACUGGCCAUCACAUGCCACACGAUGCUUCUUCAAACUCAUCACGUAUCAAUACUGGUGCCUAUGGCCGACCUACGCGAUCUCAGAUUGCGAGACCAGUCAAUCACACUCUUAGGAGUAGAACCUCCUCAUUCUCAGAUGCCGAAGAUACUGGCCCAGUAUUAGCGCAGUCGGCUAUCAAGAGAUCUACCAGUCGCGGAAAUCGCCUGUCUAUGCUUCCGCGCCCCAGUAUUGGUAGCACAGCCUCUCCUACUACGCCAGUGUCCGCUUCCUCUUGUCAAAGUUCUACCCAGACAAUCCCUCCCUCGUUAUCAAGCCCGGAUAUUAAUAACCCCCCCGCUUUCCGUUGCUGGACAACAUUUACCCCCACCGAAACGAGCACGGAAUGUUCUUCGAAGGAGGGCACCGACAAUAGGAAAACAUGUGGAGCAAUCGCACUCUGA